CUGGCACGUCAAGCGAUCAGUUGUUCAAAAAGGUCUUCUCCAGUUAUUGACAGUGAUGAGCUUAGCUCGCGACACAGACAAGCGAACAUCAAUCGUAAAACACGAACACUGUAAAUAUCGUCACGGUCACGAUCAGGUCCAGGCGCUUCUCGCCAAAGACGGGACAUUAGUUACCGAACGCUCUCAGAAGGAAGAUCUAGGAGACGAGGGCAGUAUAACUGAGGACAAAUCACCAUUGCUUCUUGAAAAAAGGCCUAUUUAUCUUGAAGAGCUGACUACUCGUUAUUCUUUUUGUAUUAAAGAAGAUAAUUUAUCGCAGGUGGAAAAUUGUUUUUCACAUAAUAACGUACUUCUUGCUUCCGACCUCUCUUACAUGAACACCUCCGGCACGGAAGAAAGCUCAAUAAGUCAAGCAUCGUCGUUUCAAUCUCUUUACAGUGCCGUCGAUGAAAGUGCAUUGCGAUUCAAAACUAGAAGUGAAGCCUCGCUGCUAUCAGAACAGAAUCGGUUUUACAGCAUCGAGUCGUUUCAUUCUAGAGUAUCCGAAAAAGAAGCGAAACUAACUUUGUUUGACCGAACUGGUAGCCACAGAGAAAGCUGCCCUCAUAUAUGAGUUAGGGACAAAAUACGCCUCGAUUACUGGUUUGACAGUCCGAAAAUGAGUACAAAUUCAAAGAGCACUCCUGAAAAACUAGAUGCAAGUCAGUCUUCAAGGAGGAAGAAGAGUUUGAUAUCAUCGUUUCGGAAGGGAAAGAAAGGAAACCGCAAGUCCAAAAACGGGAACAAUGAAAACCCUAGGAGUGAAGAUGCCGCCCCCAGCGAAGAAUCUCACGAAAUGAAAUCUGACGAAGAAUCUGGAAGUGCCUGGUCUAGCGGGCCAAGCAUAUCGUCUGAAGCAAAACUUGAAGAUGCCACUGGAAGCAUCAGCCCAGAUGCUGAAGAAGAAGAGCCCGCGGGCAGCAGUGGUGACAAAAACGAGCAUCUCUUCAAGAUUCUGGUGAUCGGUGAGCUGGGUACAGGCAAAACCUCGAUAAUCAAGCGCUACGUUCAUCAGUUCUUCAGUCAACAUUAUCGGGCAACCAUCGGGGUGGACUUUGCUCUUAAGGUCGUCAGCUGGGACGCGAACACGGUCAUCAGGCUACAGCUCUGGGACAUUGCUGGUCAAGAGCGUUUCGGCAACAUGACGCGUGUGUAUUACAAAGAGGCCGUUGGUGCAUUCAUCGUCUUUGACGUGACGCGUGCGCAGACUUUUGACUGCGUCAGCAAAUGGAAGAACGACCUCGAUACUAAAGUCACCCUCCCCAACGGCUCUCCUAUUCCGACAGUCUUACUGGCAAACAAGUGCGACCAGCCUAAGGAAGGCAUCGUGAACAGCCCAGCACGGAUGGACGAGUACUGCAGAGACAGCGGCUACGCCGGCUGGUUCGAGACCUCGGCCAAAGAGAACAUCAACAUCGACGAGGCAGCCAAAUUCCUAGUGAAUCAGAUCUUAUCCAUGGAACAGAACGGUCAGUUGGCAAGUGAUUCCUAUGAUCCUGAUAGAUUCUCCAUCGAUUCUCCGGGUCAAGGGAGAUCUUCUCCUCCUGAAUCCAACUGCAAAUGUUGAUCUUCCUGCAGCUUAGAAUGUCGCUAUUUUUCAGGAUGCAAAUGACAUAUGUACGAAAGAAUGUCAUUGGACUUAUGAGAUAAAUUGUUAGCUUUUUGGGACAUUCAUUGAUUUAGUUCAGUUGGAAAUUAUUCCAGAUUCCAGGCUGGGAAUCGUGAUUUUUAUUAGUAGGCUCUUCAAGUCUUCACAGUAUAAACGCCGAGAAUUUUACCUUGAUAAGGUGAUUAAAACUACACCGUCCAAAAUCCCAAGUGCUUCUGCUGUGUUUUCAGAUAGGUUAGCCAAGCGUCGAUAGUCGUAUCACACACGAAAUAUCUAUAUUGUCGGCAGCAUAAGUGUUCAACCGCAAGUAUUACAGAAUUCGCAGGCGAAUAGUUCUUCAAAGUCUGUUAACGUUUCAUUGCUAUAAGCAUUCAUGCCACGUCCGCCCAAUUAUCAUUCAUUUCAUUGACCGUGCACCCGAAUUUUUUAUAUUAGUUUGGACGAUUUUGUAUAAGUAUAUAGAUAUGCCACUAAAACAGAUGUACUUAAGUUUUUGGUGCGACUGGUGUUGAAUGUUUUGAUAAUUGUGCGUUUUUUGCCUCAAACAUGGGACAGUUUAACCAGGCCAUUCGUGUAAAGUUGCAACAUAGUUCGGCAUGACGGAUGCCGAUACUCAGACUUAGUGUUGUGUGUUCUUCAAACACGCAGUCAGAAAAGCAGUCAAUAAUCGAAAGUAGUCUGAAAUCACGAGCAAAUUUGGACAUAAUAAUCCUGUAUACAAUAACUUGGUGAGAAACGUGCAAGCACUCAUUAUUCUCAGUCUGGCGAAAUCCUAUAGAUGCACUGCUAGACAUAAUCUGUCAUAUGAAUUAUUUGAAUUAAAAAAGUGAAAAUUCAAAAUCAAAUGAAAUUCAACUUGAGCGCAUGGCUGAUCGUACGACGAUCAUGGCUGAUCGUCCAUUUCACAAUGUCGAACACUCAUGAAUUCAAAACUGCGUGACGAACAUUUUUAUUUAUGAGCUCGAACUCGAAUUAUUUUUGGUGCGAUUGCAGUCGGGCAAUAAAAGCUUGCGAUUUUCGGAUCCAAAUUCAUAUUUUUUAGUUAUAAUAGAUGAGUUUUAGACAUGGAUCACGAUUAACUCUGAACGCUAAUUUCUAUAAUUUUAGAGUUCGGAAAUAAAAUGAUGUGGCAGUUGUAUAUAUGAACCGGACUAAUUCAAUGAUCAAAUGUUCAACACCAAUUAGAUUGCCUUAGUAAAAUCGUUGGAAUCGUGCCUUUUCAUUAUAGUGCAGUAGUAUUAUAAUAAGCUUAGCUCGAAAUUUGUCACAUGAAGUAGUUUUUCAACAUUGAACUAAUAUAUUUGUCGUUGGACGAUUAAUGCUGAGACCAGUUUUUCUAUUCAAAACCAAGUAACAUUUAAUUCCAUCAUUUGUUGUUUGAUACAUAUAAUUUAUUUUUAUUAUUUUACAUCGAAUGAAUUUCUUUGCUGGUAUUUACAAUAAUUGUUAGUAGCCUUUCUAUGAACAUUCCCCAUAGUACUGCAACUCGCGUUUCCAUGGAAUUAGAUAAAAUAUUAGAUUUGAAAUAGUCUAGUAGCGAUAUCUAACUAUCGUCAGUCGUGAAAAGAUCUUGUCAAAUGACAAGAUUUUAGAUCUUC